ACUCCACCCUCCCCCCUUAUAUCCUCACAUCAUACUUUGUUUUUUUGCUCAAAACAAUUAAAUCACCUUUAACCUCCUCUCUUCAACUCUCUCUUUUUUUUAUCAAAUUCCUACCUCAAUUUGCAACAUAUAAAUGGUGCUAAGUAGCAAGCAAGUUUCUAGUGAUCAUCACGAGUUCAAUUGGACUCCAAACAUGUUAACAUCAGACAACAUACAACAGCCAAACCAACGUUCAACACCGAUGAAAAGAUCGCUACAAACGCAACAAUCCGAUCCUCUAAAGUGUCCUAGGUGUGACUCAACAAACACAAAGUUUUGUUACUACAACAACUACAACAAAACACAACCAAGACAUUUUUGUAAGGCGUGUAAGAGGCAUUGGACAAAAGGUGGCACUCUUCGCAAUGUCCCCGUUGGUGGUGGCCGUAAAAACAAGCGAAUCAAACGCGCCAACACGGCCACCACCUCCACCACAGCUGUGGCCACGAAUCACGGCUUAGGGUUGAGUGAUCAGAAAUACAUAUUCCCACAUGAUAAAGGUUUGUUUUUUAAACCAUCUGAUCAAAGCGAAUUCGAUCAAGUUUCUUGGGAUUUCAAUGGUGGUUUCACUGGUGCCAAUACCACCACUAUGCAACAAUCACCUCAUCAAAAUUUAGGGUUUCCUAUGCAUACAAACAUGAGUUUCAUUGAUACAAACCCUAUUCCAAUCAUUCCAACUUCUUUUUCUCCUUUGUUAUCCGGUUUCAAAGACGAUUCAACACUCGCAACCACACGAAUGAUGGCGCCGGAUUCUUCUAAUGUUUCACAACCAUGGAUGCAAGUUCCAACCACAAGCAAUUUCUUGGAACAAAAUUAUUGGAGCUGGAAUGACACUGAUUCAGUUGUUCAAGCUGAUCUGAACAAACCCUUUUAUGAUCCACAAAUGAAGCAAGAUUAAAGUGAGAAUUAACCAAUUAAGUUUAGAUGAUUUGAAUUAAUUUGUUCUAGGGUUUUUGUGUUGGUAAGUGGUAAGUAAAGUAAUUAAUGGUGUUUGGAUGUAUACUGUUGUUGUUGUUGUUGAAGCUGUGGUUUCUUUUAGUAUUCCAGCUUCAUGGUUUAAUUAAUUAUGUUGCUUUUGUGAUGAAAGAAUAUUUUUUAUGUCAGUGGGGUUCCAUAUGAAGUUGUGAAUAAAAUAGGGAAGAACAUUGGAGUGAUGUGCAUGUGAAGAGACAUUGGGGUCUUCUUACAGCUCAAUGGGCCGGUUUGAGUUGAUGUCAAGAUCAUGAGAAAGAAAGAUUCUUUUGUAUUUGCCCAUCCUUCAAAUGGAAUUUGUGGGAACCGUUUUGUUUGUUA